UUUGAUCAUGUCUGGUUGAGCCUUCCUCUUUAAGCCACUGCAUGCAGCCUCAGCUCCAUGGCUCCUGUUUGGCUUUAUGAUAUGUUUCAUGUAGGAUUUAGAGCAGUUCUUUGUGGAACACUUUCGCAAUUCCAGUGACGCCUCUGAAUAUUCUUCCUCUAAUGAGUCAUUUGUGAAAACCGGAGUGAUCCGAGCAGCAGGAGGAUUUCCCUUUACAUCACACAGGAUCCCGAGAGCUUCACCAUCACCACGACCAUGUGCGAAGCAGCAUCCUCCCCUCAGUUAUGCAGGCUCAUGCGACCAGACGACGCCAACAUUGCCGGAAACGUCCACGGUGGCAACAUCUUCAAGAUGAUCGAGGAAGCUGGAUGCAUCGUUGGCACGCGGCACUGCAACCAACAGAACGGGGAACGCUGUUUGGCAGCGCUGGUUCGGGUGGAGAAGACGGACUUCUUGGCCCCCAUGUUCGUUGGUGAAGUCGCCAGCGUCACCGCUGAGAUCUCCUACACCUCCAAGCACUCGAUGGAGGUCCAGGUCAAGGUCGUGGCUGAGAACAUCCUCACAGGUGCCAGAAAGCUGGCCAGCAAGGCAGCGGUGUGGUACGUCCCCCUGUCCAUGCAGGAUGUGGGCAGGAUCGUGGAGGUGCCGCCCAUCAAGUAUGCUAGUGCAGAACAAGAGGAGGAGGGCAGGAAGCGCUACGAUGCUCAGAAGAUAGAGAGACUGGAGAAAACAGCUAAGAUUGAAGAGAUAGUUCCACCUCCAGCCGACCCAGAACGGCACACAGUCGGCUUCAGCCAGCACAGUUUGAUCCACCUGGUGGGCCCCUCCGACUGCACGCUACAGGAUUACGUGAACGGAGGUGUGACCAUGAAGCUGAUGGAUGAAGCCGCCGGCCUCACGGCGUUUCGUCACUGCAAAACCAACGUUGUCACCGCCUCUGUGGACGUCAUCAACUUCCAUCGCAAGAUCCAGAAAGGUUGUGUGGUGACGGUGACGGGCCGGCUCACGUUUACCAGUAACAAGUCUAUGGAAAUUGAGGUUCUGGUGGAUGCUUCCUCGCUGAUGGAGGAAGAGAAAGGCAAAUAUCGUGCUGCCUCAGCUUUCUUCACCUUCAUCUCCUUGGACAAGUUCCACAAGGCUCUGCCUGUCCCUCCUCUUAAGAUUGAAGGAGAGGAGGAGCAGAGGCGUUUUGAUGAAGGCAAAGCACGCUACCUCCAGAAUAAAGCAAAGAGACUCGCAGAUAAGCAGCGCCAGCAGUGACGCCGCUGCUCACCAGAAUUAACAACACAAUAUUAACCCCACACCACAUAUACAGCAUGAAGGAAAAUUACAGCCCUCUAUCCUGCUCUGUGAUCGUAGCCUCCUGUUGAACCUGAACCUGUGAUGAUUUUAUUCUUUCCUGCGCUGCACACCAAAGCGUCCACAUAUAGCUGUAUGUAAAAGUAAGAGUACAUAUUUUAUUUUGGGGAGAUUUCUAUGAAGACUAUUCAUGAUGACUGUCAGCAGAAGGUGACAGUCUGACUGUGUGGAAGUAGAAGCACUGUUUUGGUUGCAGAACCUCUGUAAGUAUGAAGACAAUGAUCGUGUCAGUGCCAAGUGAUAGUCUGAGCGCAGGGAAAGUGAUGAAUAAGUGAGUGAAUAAUAAUGAAUAAAAGAUUCCAGCGUGA